AUGGACGAGAACCCAGCAACAAACGCAGAGUUUAAAGCCCUUCUGCAGUCAAUGACGAACAGCAUAGCUGCUUCAAGAACGGCUUUAAAAUCGAUGCUCGACGAGUCGGCUUCAAGCAUAGAAUUUCGAGAUGGAAUCUCAUUACUCUCGCUUAAACACCAUGCACUCAUCGCUUACGUGCGAUCUCUCGCCCUCAUAUCCGCACGAAGGGCGCUUGGGCAUACCCUAGGCAGUCGAUCCAAACCUGAGCAACCCUUCAGCGCUCUCAAUCGGGAUGCAAGAGGGAAGGAUGCUGGCGAUCAAGUGGAUGCUACUAUCGAGAACCGUAUAGUUCUCGAGAAAAUCAGCGCCCUGGAAAACCGCAUGCGAUAUCAGAUUGAAAAGUUGUUGAAGACGGUAGAACAGUCAACUUCAGCAGAGGCUGUGGUGAAUGAUCCUCUUUCUUUCAGACCCAAUCCUGCAAAUCUGGCCAACGCCGAUGAAAGAUCUGACGAAGAGUCGGAUGACGACCAUGACAGAGACGGGGUCUAUCGCCCUCCUCAACUCGCUCCUAUGCCCUACAUCGAAAAGCCUGCAAAAGGCGACAAGAGACGCGCCGUCAUUCCGUCCGCGCUCGCACAGCUCCCCACAGACCCGGAUCGUCCGCACCUCGAAUCGGCCUCUGGUUUGGGAGGAAUUCCUUCCCUCGCGUCAGGACGCGCCAAGCACCUCAAGCGGCUCACUGAAUACGAAGAAGAGAACUUUACCCGUAUCGUUACCAAGAAGAGCGAAGCUAAACGACGAGCUCGUGAUGAGGCCGACCUGGCUCUGGGUGGUGACCUCGCUGACUACGGCACUGGUCGCCGACGCCAGCGAGCUGGUGGACUGGAAGACGAAUUUGGAGACGUUUUACGAAGCGUUGAACGCGGCAUCAAUGGACCUGGCGGUGGCGAUGGCUAUGACGAACUCAGAGAAAGAGCAAAAAAGAAGGACGUUUUCUCUCGGAGCCGCCUUUCUCGCAAAAGGGACACCAGUCCUACAGCUGAAGAGGAUGGACCUCGGAUGCGAAAACGCAGUCGAUUUGACCUUGAGGCCAAGGCUGCCAAAAAGCGACUUGCUCGACGGAAAUAG